AUGGCGACUUACAUCGAACCCCUCGCGCACCUCCUUACCGGAAACGCAACCUACCGCACCGACACAACAGCCCUCGACCCCAACGCCUUCACACUUCUCGCCCAAGGUCAAGCUCCCGACAUUCUGUGGAUUGGCUGCGCAGACAGUCGCAUACCCGAAACCACUCGAAUACGGUGCAUCCAGAUGAUCUUUCAGCGGCGAGUGUAG